GUUUCCAGUCGACCGGGCAGGCUCUGUUUGACGUGGAUGGAUUUCUCGCUACGACCCCGUCCUCGCCCGGAAAUGUCGCGUUUGGCACUGGAAGAGACCCAGACGAGGAGGCUGAAGAGACAACAGAACUAUGAAUCAGCGUAUACGGAUAGUGCGGCUGGAUUAGGGGUGGCUUCCCGGAUCGUAUAGCCUUCCAGAAUGUUUGAUGAGAGCGUGCCAUAUGCACAAUCCGACCUAGCGCUCCCACGCUCUAGCCAAGGGACUUCAUUGGGUUACUCCGUGUCUUUGACGCCAGCGAGCAACCGCGGCUUCCCAAACGACUCCGUAGUCAAACCGAUUUCCCCCUUCACCGACUGUCACUCCACCACCGCAUCUCCUCCAUUGCUACUCACCGCCUUCGUCUGCUACAAUGGACGGCAAUACUAUAAUAACCCACGAUCUCUGACUUCGACGUCUACCAUAUUUCAAGGCCGCAGUGACUAUGGAACCAGUAGGCAACCAGCACCCGACAGAUCUAUCAUUCGUGGAGGGGAGCAGGACUGGGCCAAUAGCCAAGAACUCAGGAUGCGUAUUCUCGGCGUAGCUAGAACCGCCGGGACGUUUGAUAUUCACAAAGCUUUGUCCCAAUAUGGAAACAUUGUGCGGAUUGAGAUGCAGCCGGGGAUUAUAGACAGCGUAGUCUAUAUUAUCUUCCAACCCCUGCCACCGCAGAACCUUCUCAGCAGAACUAUCAACAUUGCUAAUGUGCCCGUGAGGGUUCAGGUACUGCCACCUCGAGUAUUCUAUGUCCCAAGCCCGGUCGAUCCUUCGAAAGUAUUUAAAGAAGUCAACAUUCUCCUCAGUAAUUCAAUCGAUUUUGGCCUCCGAGUCGGAGACACUAGCAUGAUGACAAUGCUCACAACUGGGGGGCAAAAUGAGGUUCAAGUCAUGCUCAACCUGAAGCGGAAAGUGAUUGACAUUAAGUUCCCUCUAAAGGUUGAUGAGGAGACACAAAAAUAUCGAUUCCAACUCCCUCUUUCUCUUCUCGAGCAUAUCUAUAAGGUUCCCGAUGCUAAAACUGGUCAAGUUGCGCUCAUCAUCCCCUUCAACUCACCACCGCGAUUUUUUAAAGAAGUCGAGCGGAAGAAAAUUCACGAGACCUUCAAGCAGUCGGAGCGGACUUGGAUUGAUUGGCUUGCCUGGUACCGCCAGACUGACGUCGUAGAUGACAAGACUAAGCGUCGUAUGGAAUUCCAACCAAUCAUGAAUCAUAAGGACUCUGUAAUCCUCAACAUUGGGCGAUGGACAAUUUAUAAGUUGUUGUUCUCUCCCUCUGCCCUUGCAUCCUCCCAGUUUGAAGAGUUCACAGCCGCCCUCGCUGACCAUGGUGUUCUCAUCAAAGACCAAGUCGGCUACACCUUUGUAGGCAAAGCAACUCCUCCGCUCUGGACAUCGUUAGAGGAGGAAUAUUCCUCGGAGCAUCUGCGGCCUAGCUCUUCCUCCUUGCCAUCGGCAUUGGACGACCUCCUUACAAGCCAAGUUCAUUUGAGUUUCCCGACCCGAUACCAGUUGGAAGUUUGCCUAACGAACGGCUAUCUUAAAGAACACAACAUUUCACAAACAUUCCUUGAGCGCCUUGCGUCCAUGGUCCCUGCUGAAGCACAGCACAUCCUCGAAAUAGUCGCAGACAAACAAACUGUCUACUAUGACCCAAUGGAGAUCUUCCACAUUCACGUCAAGACCAAACUAGCAAAGAAAAUACCCAGCUAUUGCGUUCUCACCCGCACUGCGAACAUCACUCCGACGAUGAUACAUGUUGCAACGCCAGUCGUGGAGACUUCAAAUCGCAUCAUUCGGAAAUUCAACGGAGAUGCGGAUCGGUUCCUUCGCGUCAAGUUCUCUGAUGAGAAAACGGAAGGCCGCAUCGGUAGCCAAGGAGACAACCGAUCUGAGGCACUGUUCAAGCGUAUUGAACAUGCAAUGACUCAAGGGAUCAUCGUGGCCGGUCGCUUCUAUCAAUUCUUGGCCUUCGGGAACUCGCAGUUUAGAGAGCACGGUGCAUAUUUCUUUGCUCCAACAACGUCUUUGAAUGCAGACGAUAUCCGCAGCUCAAUGGGCUCUUUUGACCACAUCAAGACUGUGGCCAAAUACGGAGCUCGCAUUGGACAGUGUUUCUCGACCACGCGCGCCAUCAAGAGCCCAGGCCGGGAUUUCAUACUGAAGGAGAUUCCUGAUAUCAUAAGGAAUGGUUACAUCUUUACCGAUGGGGUUGGGAAGCUGUCGCUGUUUGUAGCACAGAUGGCAGCCCAAGAACUUGGACUUCAGAAUCCGUUUGACGACCCUCCAUCGCUGUACCAGUUUCGUUUAGCUGGAUAUAAAGGCGUCCUUGCAGUGGACCCUAAGCUAGCUGGCCCCGAGCUUCAUACCCGACCUAGCCAAUAUAAGUUUAAAACUAAACAGGAAGGUCUGGAAAUCAUCCGCGCUUCAGCGUUUGCGACCGCUUGCUUCAACCGACAGCUCAUAAUCAUUCUCUCAACUUUGGGUGUUCCUGACUACAAUUUCAUCAGGAAGCAACAACACAUGGUAAACUAUCUCGAGAGGGCAACGAAGAAAGAGAGCGUAGCCCUCGAGAGGCUUCAACGAAACAUUGACUUCAAUCAGACUACCCUCACGAUGGCCAAGAUGAUAUUACAUGGAUUCAUGAGGAGCAGAGACCCUUUCAUGAUGUCUUUACUGGAGCUUUGGAGAGCGUUUCAUAUCAAAUCCCUGAAAGAAAAGGCUAGGAUUGCCAUCGAUGAUGGGGCCUUUGUCUUGGGAUGCGUGGAUGAAACUGCCAAACUUCAAGGGCACUAUAACGACACUCAGUCUCGAGAAGGAGUUAGCAGGGAAGAGAAACUCGCCAGCCUACCUGAAAUCUUCAUUCAGAUAUCCGAUCCUGAACAUAAAGGCCGGUACAAGGUUGUACAAGGCAUUUGCAUCCUCGCCCGUAACCCGUCCCUCCACGCCGGUGACAUCCGUGUGGUUCGGGCUAUUGAUGUCAAAGACCUCCAUCAUCUCAAAAAUGUCGUUGUCCUUCCACAGACUGGGGAUAGAGACUUAGCUAAUAUGUGUUCUGGUGGCGAUUUGGAUGGUGAUGAUUAUCUCGUCAUGUGGGAUAGUGAUUUCCUACCGAAAGACAUCAACGAGCCUCCGAUGGAUUUCACCCCAGAUAAGUCGCAUGAAAAGGACGGGACGAUCACAAUCCAAGACAUCAUGGCAUUCUUUGUGACCUACAUCAAGAAUGAUAGCCUAGCUAGGAUCGCACUCUCCCAUCUAGCUCAGGCAGAUUUUAACGAGGCAGGAGCUCGGAGCGACAAAUGCUUGGAGCUUGCAAAGCUACAUUCGCAAGCUGUUGAUUACCCAAAGAGCGGAAUCCCAGCCAUAAUGGGGCCUGAACUUAAGCCUAAAAAGUGGCCGCAUUUCAUGGACUCCAAGUACAGGACCAAGGAGCAGAUCUAUAAGUCCACAAACGUUUUGGGGAUAUUGUUCGAUCAAGUCAAGCUUGUUGAUUUCAAGCCUCGGUAUGAGAAUCAAUUCGACCCACGUAUACUAAAUGCGUUCGAGCUUGAUGACCAAGCUUUAGAGAGCGCUGCCUCCAUCAAGUCUGCAUAUGACUCUUCAUUACGGCGCCUGAUGGCCAAACAUUCUAUUCGUACAGAAUUUGAGGCUUGGUCAAUUUUUGUGCUUUCGCACAACCAGGAGGCCCGGGAUUACACAUUUGCUGAGGAGUUUGGCAAGACUGUUAACGCCCUAAAACAACAAUUCCGUGAUUUAUGCCGUGAAGCAGCCGGGGCGACUAGUGCAGCUGAUUUCACCCGCAUGGCUCCCUUCGUUGCGGCUAUGUACACCGUUACUGCCCAAGAGCUGAAAGCGGCACUGUUAGAGUGCAGCAUGAGCAAGGUCGUUGGGGGCGAGAACAUCCCGUUCCGCAAAAUGGAUCCGGAACAUAUGCCUCUCAUGAGCUUCCCUUGGCUCUUCGUCUAUGAAUUGGGGGAAAUAGCCACCAGUGGUGUCUCGAAGAAAGCUAAGAAAGACGCUUACCUCAAACUAGGAGUCGUAGACAUUGAGACGAUCGAGGGAGUUACGCAUUACGGAGAACUAUUGAAGCUCGACUUUGGCCCAGCUGGAGCCGAGCAACCUACUCAUUCUCAUUCUAGAGGUGGCGGUGCUCAGGUACUUCAAAAAGAUUCAGAGGAUAUUCACAAGUCGUAUCGUGGUGAUACAGCUGAUGUCCAUAUGGAAACUUUCAGUGGAGGAGAAAGCAUAAUCGCCAGUUCAGAGGAUUUAACCCUAGAAGGAAGCAAACAGAAUGAACUAAUUAAACCAGUUCAACCGGUUGAACAAACUGAAGACGAGGGAGACGAACAGGAAGUCAAGGUGCCAGAAAAGAAGCUAUCGGCAAUGGAUAGGCUUCGCCGUCUUGGAUAA